AUGCAAGCAGCCAAUCGUCUUCAAAAAUCCCUCAAAGCGAGCUCCCCUGCCUAUGGGGGAUGGCAGAUGCUUCCGGGAACAAAUCUCACCCGAGUGAUCUGUCGUGCAUCAACCAACAUGGAUUGGUUGCUCGUCGACCUGGAGCAUGGAAACAUAUCAGAUGACUCCAUGCACGAGAUUGUGGCAGCAGCAGCGGCAUGCGGAGUCUCACCCGUUGUUCGUGUUGUUGAUGGGCAAGACUGGAUGAUCAAGCGUGCACUAGACUCUGGUGCGCAUGGCAUUCUAGUACCUGUCUUGGAAACUGUGCAAGAUGCGAGAAAUGUGGUAAGAGCUUCCAAGUUUCCACCCAUGGGAACGAGAGGGUUUGAGCCUCUACUCGCGGUGGAAAAGUUCGUUGAGCAACACGCUCAUAGUGGUUAUGUGAAGGAGCUCUCUGGAAGAGAAUACCUGGAACAAGCAAACGACUCGCUUGUUAUUGCUGUCCAAAUUGAAACGCAACUCGCUCUUGAAAAUGUGAAGGAGAUUGCAAUGGUGCCGGGCAUUGACGUCUUAUUCGUGGGCCCUUUCGACCUUGGCGUGAGCAUCGGUCACCCAAUCGUUGGGGGGGAAAUGGAUGAAACACUUGAGCUCGCGAUUCAGUCAGUCCAAGAAGCGGCAAGUGAUGCAGGAAUAACGGCGGGUAUCUACUGUGACAGUGGCAGAGAUGCAAAGGGGUGGGCCGCUAAGGGAUUCCUCAUGAACAGCGUGAUGACAGACAUGAUUGGACUUCGAGAGGCGGUUAGCCAGUCAUUCAACUCCGCCAAGUAA